AUUUGCCUAAUAGGGUAUUUUAAAAAAAAUGGACACUUAGGUUUUUGCAACAACGUUUUAUUUGUUGGUGUGAUAUCAUUGAGUCCAGCUGUUUUUAUCGACACAAGAUUGUUCAAUGGAAACUCACCGCAGUAGACAAUUGUAUCUUUUCUAUGCUAACAUCUAAAAUGUCGACAGAUCACUGGAAAAAUUCAUUGAAACUUAGCUAGUGAUGGCAUAAUGGUUGGACUAGCAGCCAUUGCACGAAGUAAAAGCAGGAAGUGUAUCCAUCUGAUUUAUUUUAACUCCACUGACAGUUCAAAAAAUACAUUCCAUUCCAUGAGGCACAUCAGUUAACAUAAUUUGAAUCAACAUUUUACACUACAAUGGAAAUUAUUGCAUCACAAAACCAAGUAGCCAUUGCGAGGGUACCCAAGAGUUUACCAGUCGAAUUGCCACACAACUGCCCUGCUGUCCCGUCUUAAAUCAGCUGUUGGUUCCAACAAUUAUUAUUUUAUUUUUUUACGGUUACAAUGAUUUGAUUUUGAUUGUCUUUAUUCAUAACCGUUGGUUACACAGUUAUACGGUAAUUGUGCCAGCCCUAAUUGUUGCACUCAAUUAAGCUCUAAAUGAAAUGUUGCAUGAAUAGUAUUUAUAGAGUUCAUACGGUCAAGAAAAUCAUUGUUUUCCAGACCUGGAAAAGUAAUGGCGGAUGCUCAAUCAUAGUGUCGAGGUGCAACCUAAAAAUGUUAGAAGUCAUUGGAAAGGAAAAGGCGCAACUCUCUCUACAUUAAACAUGUGUUUUAUUAAGCCAGUUUAAAAGAUUGAUGUUUCUGCCUUCAAUACCCUUCUUCCGAAUAAUUUCAUUAAAGGACACCUGUGCUUCACUAUGGAACUUGAUGAGGGAGGACUAGACUUCCUGGAUGUAUGCAUCACCAAAACAGGUACCUUCCUCUCAUCUGAUCUAUUCAGAAAGAACACUGACAGAAACAAUUUCCUCCACACUCAGAACUGAUGUUCCUAGAGCACAACUACUGAGUAAGUCCACAAGCCAUAGAGAUAGACAUUCCAUCCAACUGGUCACUACCUACACUCUAUAAAGUCCAGAACUACUAGGCAUCACAAAAAAACAUUGGCAUAUUUUACACUCAAAUUCAGCACUAUCUAGUUCAUUUCAACAGCCUCCUGCGGCCACUUACCAUAGAGCUAAAGACAAAGCUGGCUGAUCCGCCGCCAGCCAAAGCGCAAACAAAACCAGUCUCCUCGUUAUUCCCCCUGGCAACUACAUGUGGCAAUUGUAUGCAAUGCCAGUACACCAAACGUAUAAAAGUUUCUCGUACCCCAGAUUGGGUCGAGGCAUAAAAAACAAAAGUACCAUCAAUUUCAAUUCUCGCAAUGUGAUCUAUGCGAUUCGUUGCCCGUGUGAGCAAUCGAAGUGUCGGCCAUUCGAUGUGCUGACCACAACAGCCCAGCAGCCCUCCAUUUCAAAGACCGAGGACACUUGCUUUGUGAGUUAUUUUAUUUUGGAAAGUCACAGAAAGACGUUCUGGAUCCAUUUCUUAGAUAUUUUAGUUCCCAGAGGUUUUAACCUAGAGAAGGACUACAGUAUGCUUUUGUGAAGGGCCCCAUCUGUUUGUUGUUCCCGUGCCACACAUGGAGGAAGCUAACUCAGGUCUAACUGGUUUAGUUAGUGCAUAUUUGCCUAAUCUUUUGAUAUUUGUUGCUAUCUCUAGUUUUGCUUAGCACUGUUUAUUUUUUCAAUACCCAACAUAUUCAAUGUGUAUUAUAUAGUAAUGGUUGUAUGUCAAUUACACCUUCUGUAUUUGAAAAAAGCUUGCCCAGUUUUCAAAUGGCUUUUUACUGGUUCCACUUCUGUAUUUCAUCACUAGGUGGCGACAUUGACCAUAGUACACCACAACCUGAGUACCAACGUGUAUGGUCUAUCACAUCGUCUCUCAGCACCACCAGCUGAAGAGUUUUCUCCCUCAUUGUCUUCCGCAUGCCCAUUCCCUCUGAUUAUUCUGAAGGCCGAAACGUCAAUGUUUUUAAACUUGCUUAAUAAAACUAAGAAUGUUAAAUGGUGAGCGAACAUUGUGCCCUUUCCAAUGAUAAUUUCUGUUAAUGCAAUUUAUUGAGAAAGUUAUUUAUUUUGAUCAAAUAAUCAGCAUAUCAUCCAGGAUCGGUAUGACACUUAGUGUUUGCAAGCAUCACCUGCGUGUGUGCGAGAUGAAUGGGCCGUCGCUCAAGGAGAGAGAGACAGUCGGACGUGGCAGGAUACAUGUUAACACUGCAGCAUCAAGAUGUCGUACAUGCUGCCGCAUCUCCACAACGGCUGGCAGGUCGACCAAGCCAUUCUAUCCGAGGAGGACAGAGUCCUGGUUAUUAGGUUUGGCCACGAUUGGGACCCAACAUGUAUGAAAAUGGACGAGGUGUUGUACAGCGUAGCUGAAAAGGUGAAAAACUUUGCAGUCAUCUAUUUGGUGGACAUCACAGCGGUGCCGGACUUCAACAAGAUGUACGAGUUGUAUGAUCCUUGCACCGUCAUGUUACUCUUCAGGAACAAGCACAUCAUGAUAGAUCUGGGGACUGGUAACAACAACAAGAUCAACUGGACCAUGGAGGACAAGCAGGAGAUGAUUGACAUUGUUGAGACCGUUUACCGAGGGGCGAGAAAAGGACGAGGUCUGGUCGUAUCUCCUAAGGACUACUCCACAAAAUACAGAUACUGAUUGGUUCUUCCCUUUCCAUUGCUUUGUGUGAAGCCCAAUGGGAGCAAAUCUGUCCUUUCAUUAUGAGACUUUCUAGACAGCUGGACUACAAAAAGGCUCCGAUCGAGGUGUCCUGCUCUCUUUUAUGUUAUAGCCAAGUCAUCUUUUUUCAACAGCAGUUAUAAAAAACAUAAUUUGGUGUCUUUGAUUUAAUAAAUGUUAUGCUCAUA